AUGAGUGAUAAGAAAUCGAGUGACGAAAACUCUUUUAAUAUAGAAGAAAUAAAAACAAAAAAGAAAAAAAAAAACAAAAACGUAGAAAUUUUCUAUGAAAAUGAUUUCGAAAUAUUUUCUCCUUGUAUAGAUGUUGAAGGUAAGUUAUGUGUUAUUUCUGAUAAAGGUGAUAUUUUUAGAUAUAAAUUAGUAAAUAUAAAAAAAACUCAAGAAACUAAUGAUUUCUUAUCAUCAUCCGAAGAAGAUGAAGAAGAAGAGAUUUAUUUCAAUAGUGAAGAAAGUAUAAUAGGAGUAAAAAAGAAGAAAACCAAAGUAGAAGAAGAAAAAUAUCUUAGUAUCGAUUUUACAACUAAGUGCUUAUGCUCAGAUAAUGAUUUUAAUUUCUAUGUAUUCAAUCCUAUAACGAUGGGAUUAAUGAUAAUAGACAAAAAUAAAAAUAUUGAAUUUUAUGCUGAUGAAUAUGAAGACAAAAAUUUCACAGGAAUUAACAAUUUAGUUUAUGAUAAAAAUAAUAAUAAUUUAUAUUUAAUAGAUUCAGGUAACAUCAAUGAAGAGAAUAAGAGUAGCUUAUAUUAUAUAAAUAAAGACAUUGAAACAAUGAUAUCAAUAGAUUUACAAAAUACUUGUUAUGUCAAUAAUGUUUGUAUAUAUCAAAAGGAUAAUAUAAAUGCUGUUUAUGUUUGCUUAACCAAAGAAAACAAAAUUUUAAGAUUAAUAAAAAAAGGAAAUUCUUACAUAAAGAGCGUCUUUUUAUAUAUAAAUGGAUGUUACUCUCCUUUAUUUAUUUGCACCAAUAAUAUUAACUUUAUUAUUUUGCUAAAAGAUUUAAGUGAAUAUGAAAAAAAAGGAAAAAUAUUAGAAAUUAAUUCCAAUGCAGAAAUAAUUAAUUCUUUUUUUAUUGAAGGAAAUCAAUUUAAUGGUAUAUGCUAUGAUUAUAAUAUAAAUAAAUAUUUUUUUAUAGAAAAAAAUAUUAUUUAUAUAUAUUAA